AUGUCUUGUCCACUGCACCACGGUCACCCGCCCUCCCACCUCGCCUCCACGCUGCUCACCACCAUCACUUCCUCCAUCCUCCCGCUCACCGCGCACAACGUUUCUCUCGGGUGCAAAGUCUUCGGGGCCGCCAUCCUCUCCAAAUCCGACCUCUCGCUCAUCACCGCUUCCACCAACGACGAGAUCACCACCCCGCUCUACCAUGGCGAGAUCUCGACGCUUCUCUCGUUCCACACGCUCAACAACGCUCGCGCUGCUCGAGGCGAGGAGAGGAUCGAUCCCAAGUCGUGUGUGUUCCUGUCGACGCACGAACCGUGUUCGCUGUGUUUGAGCGCCAUCACGUGGUCUGGAUUUGACAAUUUUUAUUACUUGUUCACGUACAAGGAUACCAUGGAGGAAUUUGCCAUCCCUCACGACAUCAAUAUCCUGCGCCAAGUGUUCGAGACCAACCCCCAGGAAGGGCAGGAGCUGGGGGAAGGUCUGUACAACAAAAGCAACGCCUACUGGAAGUGCUAUUCGAUCCAGGAUCUCAUCGACCACUCUCCCGACAUCGAGCAAAACCAGUUGGUAGAGCAACAGCGUGAAGUGAAACAAUCGUACAGAGGUCUAAGCGAUACCUACCAAUCCACCAAGACCGAAACCUCCAUCCCUCUAGCGUAA